AUGGACAAGCUUCGAGGGCCAGGGGUGCGCCCCCGUGACGUCGCCGUGUGCAUGCACCCAUCCACACAGAAAGCGACGGCUGGCUGGCUGGCCGCUGCACGCCGCAAACUCCAGCCAGCAGCCCCCAGAGAUCGACUCGGAGCGCAGAGCGGCCCCGCACCGAGAUCUGAGACCCGACAGACGCAGUCUACCUCAGUCUACUCGCCGCCCCGCACGAGCGAGCGACCGGAUUGGCCGCCUCGAGCCGCAUUUCAUCGUGCGCAGCCGCGAGAAGCGAGCGAGCCGCACCGCGCACUGUCGCAUCCUGCCGCAGCGCGCCCCGCGCACCGCGCCAGCGAGCCGAGACCGUGCGCAGGCGCAGGCGCUACCGCCGGACACGAGGGUGCGCAGAACGAAGCCUCGCGUUUCGACGCGGUCGUCGCGGUCGCGUCUAGGAGAGCGCGCUCGACGCGUGGCCGCGCUAGUACGAGGGAGAGGGACGCCAGCAUCCCGCCAAUGGCGGAUGCACGACGCAGGACACCCUCUGUCACUCUUCCUUGCCGCCUUGAUCGUCGCACCUAA